UUUUUUGCUUGUUUAUUGUUAUGUUUUAUCACUUUGAACUUCCUUGUUGCUGAAAACGCCACAGAAACAAACAAACACUCCUGGCCGAUAGGUGGCAGUAAUGAACCAACAGGAACGGUAGGGAUCAGAAGGGUUUAAAACAAAACAGUUGGUACUAAUCAGCUCUUCAGGAACUCGGUUUAUCCACCAUGUCUCCUCUUUGACUCUGGUUUUAUUUGCCUCCUUCAUUUACGGUCAUUUCCUCCGUUUUAGCUGCAACAGCCUGAAAGAGACCAGUUAGCCUCCAUGCUAACCGAGAAGCGAAGGAAAGCAGCUUCCUCUGGAGAACAGCUCUAAACGGUCUCAGGCGAAGAGUGUUGGACAUUUAUUGGACGCUUCUCUGUUCCCAGCUGUUUUUCAGAAGAAUAAAAACAAGUUAAUAAGGCCUUCCACAGCAUCAUGUCCAUCACUACAUGGGAGGUUCUGGCUGAUAAUCUUCUAAUAACGAAAGAAAGGAACUCAAUAGUUGAUCACAAGAUUUCAAAUCCUGUAGAAAUAAAACAGGAACCGGGAGAAACGGAUCCACAACAGAUCACUGAGACGAAAGAGGAACCAGAACCUCUGUCAAUUAAAGAAGAACCGACUGAACUGGGGAUCUUUCAGGAUGAUGGGCAGCUUUUACCGAAGCAGGAGAGCAACACCUCUAUGGUGAUUCCUGCUGAUGAGAAAAUAUUCCAUAAUGAGAAAGAACUGGAGCAGCUGAUGGAGACAAAGGAGGAACCAGAACUUAUACAGAUUAAAGAGGAGCAGGAAGAUUUCUGCAGUGAUCAGGAUGGGAAGCAGAUUGUACUAAAACAGGAACCUGUUGAGCUAAUGGACAGCAGUGAACCAGAACCAAACAAGAACCAGAACCUCUCUGGGAUCCAUCCUGAAGAUGCGAACCGUCACGAACAAGGAAGCAAACAGGAAGACUCAGGAUCCAGUAAAGAUAUCGAUCUGGAGCUUCUGGACUUUCGAAAUCACAGGGACAAUGUGGACAGUUCAGAACCAGAACGUCAUAAAAAUGUUCCUUUUUGUGAAAUAUGUGGCAAAUCCUUCACAAGACGUAAAUACUUGAUGUCUCACAUGCAAACUCAUACAGGAGAGAAGCCAUAUCCCUGUACACUCUGUGAUAAAUCAUACAAGCGGAGUAGCGAGUUAGCACGUCACAUAAAGGUUCACACAGGUGACAAACCCUACCCUUGUGAAUUGUGCAGUAAAUCUUUCAGACAGAGCAGUGAGUUGGCGGGUCACAUGAGAACCCAUACAGGUGAGAAGCUGCAUAUGUGUAAGGUGUGUGGUAAAUCUUUCAGUGGCAGCAGUAGCAUGGCUCGGCACAUGAGAACUCACACUGGAGAGAAACCAUUUGCUUGCAAAGUGUGUGGUAAGUCUUUUGCUUUUAUUAGUCGUUUGAAUGUUCACACAAGAAUCCACACAGGAGAAAGACCAUAUUCUUGUGAAGUCUGUGGGAAGUCCUUCGGGAAAAACUGUCAUUUAACUAUUCAUAUGAGAACGCACACAGGCGAGAAGCCAUAUUCCUGUGAAGUUUGCGGUAAAUCGUUUAGUGAAUGUAGCAGAGUGGCCAGACAUAUGAGGAGUCAUACACAUGAGAAGCCGUAUGCUUGCAAAGUUUGUGGUAACUCCUUCCGGUACGGCAGCAAUUUGACUGAACACAUGAUAACUCAUACAGGCGAAACGCCCUACUCCUGUAAGGUGUGUGGUAAAUCCUUUACUGAAUGUGGUAGCAUGGGCAGACAUAUGAGAACUCACAAAGCAGAGGAGAGAUAUUUUUCACCUGAAGCAGAAUAGUCAACACAUGGGCACGUGCUUUUGAGACUGUCAUAGUUGCACAUCUUUCAUACACUGUGCAGACCGCAGUUUGACCCGGGCCUGAAAGGCCACAAUGUAAGAUGGUUGACACACCAUCAAUACAUCCCUCUGGAAGUGUGCACACACCUGUAAACGUUUAGCUCUGAGGUUUAAUGUAGAUUUGAAAGCAAAUGGAGUUUGUUGUAACGUGACAGAGCAAAGAUUGCAAAAGUGAAAGAAGUCCAGAACAGAGUGACUGAUCAAUCCUCCAUUGUCAAUCUGAUCUGAGAAAUGACUUCAUUGACAGUCUGAUGCAGAUAAUAAUACAAUGUUGAUGGUGGAGCAAAACAAUUUCCCAUUUUUAAAGGACCGACUGCAGUUGGACCAUCUGCUUGAGCCUCAUAAAAUGGCAUUUCACCAAGUGUGGGUAAAAAUAUUCUAUUUUUGCUUAUGUGUCACACUUAACUUUUUCAGAUUAUCAAAAUUAUUUUAAAACUGGAUUAACAUACUGUAUACAAAUAACAUAUUUAAAUGAUGAUUUCAUUAAUUAAUAAAACUAUCCAAACCAACCUGGCUCUAUGUGAAAAUCUAAUUGCUCCAUAGCUAGUUAUGGUGCCGCCGUUGGCAGCAACAACCUCCACAGAGUCUUUAAAAUCACCAGAGAGAUUGAGGUCGACUCUCCUUUAAUUCAGAUAUGUUGCAGAGUUUUCCUGGGUGAAUUGUGUAAAUAUGGCCUAUUACUGUAUUUGAGUUGGAUUCAUGUCCAUGGUUUGGCUAAUCCCCUCAAAAACUUCACCUGACAUUGCUACUUUGGAUCAUUGUUCUGCUGCAGAACCAAAGUGUAACUGAGCUUAAGGUCCGGUUCAGAUGGCUGGACAUGAUCCUUUAGGAUUUUCUGUUACAGAGGAAAAUCCAUUACGCCUAGACCAUCACUCCACCACAGCUAUGUUUGACUGUAGGUUGGUUACAUUUUUGUGAUAUUGUUAGUUGUAUGACAGAUGUAACAAGAUGAACAUCUUCCAAGACGAUCCACAUCUAUCUCAUCAGUCCAGAGAAACUUUUCUAAAAAGCCUUUGAGAUGAUCGAAACGUUUUUUGGUAACUGUGCAACAGGUUUUUGGCUCUGCACAUCCAGCAGCUUUUAGAUGGGCCUCCUUUUAAGCUAACCCAAAUAAACUGGGUCAUUAGCAGGAUUUUGUCGAACUAUUCUGUAUAAUGAAAAAGUAACUCAGUCUCUUGAUGCUUAUGUCACUGAUAAGUUAGAUAAAAAUCACAUCACUUUCAUGAUUCAACAAAGAACAGAUCAAAUAAGUUGCACUUGAACAUUAAUUCAUCUGUUGUAGCUUUGAUCUGCUGAAAUGAUCUCGUUUAAAGGGUUGGAUUCCUUUCAUCACCAAAUAUCAGACCAUAAAAAUAAAGUCACGUCUGUAAUUUCAUGUCAUUUAUGCAACUAUUUUUGUUUCUUUGCAUAAACAGACAUGCACACAACAAUAAACUGUUGAUUCCUGAAAUUUUAGCAGUUUCUUCUGUGACUAAGAUAUAAGAUAAUAUUUAGUCCCAUCACUAAAACUAGAACAUAAUUAUAACAGGCUCUGACUUACUAUUCUGUCUGGCUGUUGCAUUGUGUUUAGCAAAUUCCUCUAAACCUGUACCUGUCACUUUUGAGAAGAAAAAAAAAUAUUUAGGACGUUAUUUAGGAAGGUGACAAUAUAUUAGUUUCAGAUAUAGAUGAUGUCUCACUUCCCAUUUCUGUAAAAAUAUCAAAUAAAAUAUCUCUGAUGUU